CGACGAGAGCAGCGGAGGUCCCCUUGGACCAGCGGCCUCUCGAGCACGCUCCGCUGUGGUCUCGGUCUCGGCGGAGAGCGCGGUGCCUCCAGCGCCCUGGGCCGCCGCGAUGCCGUUCCUGCACGGCUUCCGGAGGAUCAUCUUCGAGUACCAGCCGCUGGUAGACGCGAUUCUGGGCUCCCUGGGGAUCCAGGACCCCGAGCGGCCGGAGCCCCUGGACGGUCCCAGCUAUGCUGCCAGCGAGGAAAGCCACCUCCUUGUUCUCACGGAGCUGCUGGAGCGGAAGGCCCUCUCCCCGUUUUACCAGGAGGGGGUGAGCAAUGCCCUGCUGAAGAUGGCUGAGCUGGGGCUGACUCGGGCAGCCGACGUCCUGCUGCGAAACGGGGCCAACCUCCACUUCGAAGACCCAGUUACCUACUACACUGCCCUGCACAUCGCUGUCCUGCGGAACCAGCCAGACAUGGUGGAGCUGUUGGCGCGCCAUGGGGCCGACAUUAAUCGAAGGGACCGGGUCCACGAGAGCAGCCCCUUGGACUUGGCCAGUGAGGAGCCAGAGCGCCUGCCUUGCCUGCAGCGCCUCCUGGACCUUGGAGCCAAUGUCAACUCAGCUGACAAGCAUGGAAAGACUGCUCUGCUCCACGCCCUGGCCAGUAGCGAUGGGGUGCAGAUCCACAAUACUGAGAGUGUGCGGCUCCUUCUGGAAGGAGGGGCAGACGUCAAAGCUGCCACCAAAGAUGGGGACACUGUGUUCACCUGCAUCAUCUUCCUGCUCGGUGAGACGGCGGGAGGGGACAAAGAAGAGGCCCAGCUGAUCCACCGCUUCUGCUUCCAAGUAACGCAGCUGCUGCUGGCGCACGGGGCAGACCCCAGCGCUUGCCCGGCCCACGAGUCCCUCACCCACAUCUGCCUCCAGAACUUCACACAGCACUUCCCUCUCCUGCGCUUCCUGCUGGAGUCUGGAGCCGCCUGCCACUGCUCGCUCCAUGGGCCGGCCUGCUGGUCAGGCUUCCACAUCAUCUUCGAGAGGCUCUGUUCCCAGCCAAGGUUUGCCGAGGACGAGAGCCACAUGGACCUCCUGCACAAAGCCGAGACUGCUCUGGACCUCAUGGUGACCGGCGCCCAGAAGCUCCAGCUGCCUGACAACUUUGACAUCCAUCCGCUGGGCAGCCUGGCAGGGAAGAUCCAGGCCCUGCACUUCUCCCUGAGGCAGCUGGAGAGCUCCCCUCCCCCACUCAAGCACCUGUGUCGCGUCUGCAUCCGGCUCCACCUUCAGCCCUGGCCGGUGGACGUCAAGGUCAAGGCCCUUCCCCUGCCCGACAGGCUCAAGUGGUACCUCCUCAGUGAGCACAGCAGCGUCCUCCAGGAUGACAUCUGACAGCCCCGCCCCGCUACAGCGAACAGUGGUCUUGGCAGCUGAAAUCUGACUGCUGGUGGACUGACUGUCCAACGACGGCCACCUUGGGGCAGGUCUUGGUCCCACCUAUGAGAUGAUGUCGGCUGGAAGCGAGCCCUGGCCUUCGUCAGUACAAAGCCAAGGAACAUGUAGCUCCCAGGAUCAUCCCAGGGGUGCAGGUCUGGUUCUCCAUCUUCCCGGGAGACUCCCUCCCUCUGGCAGCACCCUCACAGGGACAGGGAGGGUUCUGAGUUGGGGUGAGCAGAGUCUUCGUCCCCGCAGGGCAGGGAGGCACUGAGAGCCAGGCAGGCCUCAGAGCCCAGGAAACAAGGGAAGAGGGGUAGCCGCUGGAGGUCUUCACUCCUUGUUCUGCCACACAGACCAGUGCUGUGGUGAGUGGGGCAGAAAGCCCACCCAGCCCACCAGGCUCUUUCAGGGGGUGCAGCUGAGCUGGCGGCCAGCUGCGCCACCCUGGGCCCAGGCCACCUGCAUCAACCUCGGCCUGGGCACUGGUGCGGGCUGCUUGUGCCAAACCCAGGGCUGGGGGCUGUACCAUCUGCUGAGAGGCAGUCAAGUGCACGCCCAUGGGCAGCCCUUCCCCAGAGUCCUGUAUUGUGCAGAAAGCCACCCAGACUGGAAGCUGCCAUCGCCGCCAAGUCAUUCCAGCAGUCACAGCACAGUGACAUCCACAGGCAACUACGGGUUUAAAGAAUUAAAGUUAUUUCAUUCA